GAUCGUUGAGUGUGGGUUAGGGCUUAAAAGAAGUGUACAUACAAGUCAAGAAAGAAAUAAACAGAAACGUAUAACAGGUAUGGCAAAAAAGCCACGUCGAAGAAUGUAAAAAAUGUCUAUAAAUCGAAAUUAGUUCGAAAAUAAAUAAAUGCAGUUAAAAUAAUAUUAAUGAAAUCGCAAUAGUAAACAUUUGACGCAUGCGAAUGCAGUGUUGAAAAUAAGUUAUACCUAAAGAAUUCUUCAACAAACUGUGCUGUGCUAAAUGAAAUGUGCAAAAAGUUUUGCCACGAAUGCAAAAAUUAAUAAUUUCUGUGAACUUUUUUUUUAAUGCAAAACAAUGUUUAUUUAAACGUGCGGCAGUGCUAUGCUAUUUCAUAAUAAGCGGAGUGUUAAUUAAAACUAAUUUGUGUUGCAAUCAAAAUUAAAUACCGCGGAUUAUUAAACUUUUUAACCAUUUUAUUUAUUUGAUUGUGCCAUUCAUUUUGAUUUCAUUUUACGACCCCUCGCUCAGCUCAAUAAAAAUACACAUACAUAUAAAUCGUUACAGUGUUGCUGCAUAAAAUAAAAUGGCAUUUUUGAAAAUUUGCAUAUUCGCCAUUGUUGUUGGCACCGCCUUAGCGCAACGUAGUAACUUCCGCAACGGCCCCGGACAUCCAACUUCACAGCGACAUCUGCCAAAACGACCAACAGAUCCACCACCAACGGAAGAGGGCUACGAGCCAACAGACGAAUGUCCAGAAGCGAACGGUUUCUUCCCUGACUUGGAGCAAUGCGACAAAUACCAUUCAUGCUACGAGGGCAAGUCGACUGAACGCCUCUGUGCCGAUGGCAUGGUCUUCAAUGAUUACAGUCCUCUGGAGGAAAAAUGCGAUCUGCCAUACAACAUUGAUUGCAGCAAGCGCUCCAAAUUACAGACACCUCAGCCCUCACAACAUUGUCCACGCAAAAACGGCUACUUCGGUCAUGAAGAGAAGGGUGUGUGUGAUAAAUUCUACUACUGUGUCGAUGGACAAUUCAAUAUGAUUACCUGUCCCGUGGGUCUGGUGUUCAAUCCCAAAACCGGCAUUUGCACAUGGCCCGAUGAGGUCGGUGUGAAGGGUUGCAAUUCGCAGGACAUUUUCGAAUUCGAAUGCCCCAAAGUGAAUGAGUCGGUGGCGGUCACACAUCCACGUUACGCCGAUCCCGAUGACUGCCAAUACUUCUAUGUGUGUGUAAAUGGUGAGAUACCGCGCCGCAACGGCUGCAAGCUGGGACAAGUGUUCGAUGAGGAGAAGAAGCACUGCGAUUGGUCGCGCAACGUGCCUGAAUGCGCCGACUGGUACAAGGAUCGUCUGACCGACGCCGAACUGGAGGAAUUGGAGAACCCAAAACCGAAAACCAAGAAGCCACAGCGCACACGUGGUCCAUCACGGCGAAAACCCGCCAAAGCGGCACAAGUUGAAGAGGAGAUCGAGGAGGAAUAGUGCAGUGGCUAGCUUUUAAAGCCGACUGCCACGUCCAUAGCUUUAAGUUUUUUUGUGUUUGUUUUGCCGUCGUUUAAAAUUCGCCAAUAAAAGCACGAUAGAGUAUUUCUAUAAAG